AUGGCUCAGUAUCCCUGCAACGACGGAAUCUGCAUGCGUUGCAACGUGAAGCCUCACGAGGAGACUGAGUGUCUCUUGUGCAGCACUUGCGGUACGCCUUGGCACGUGUCAUGUCUCACGUCCCCUCCCGAAACCCUAGAAUCCACUCGAGAGUGGGAGUGCCCUGACUGCUCCGGCGACGUUGAUCCCGUCCCGGUUUCCGGAAUCGCCGGAACUGAAUCCAACGGCUCGGUCCUUGUAGCAGCGAUCCGUGCGAUCGAGGCUGAUGAGUCUUUGACCGAGGAUCAGAAAGCUAAGAAGAAGCAGCAGUUGGUGAGUGGUAGAUCCGAUGAGGACGAAGAUGAGAAAGAAAAAGAAAAGGAAAAUUCUGGUGGAGAUGUUGAUGUUUUAGCUGCUCUUCGAGAGAACUUCUGCUGUACCAUCUGCCUCGAGUUGCCUGAAAGGCCAGUCACGAAAUGGGUUGGGAAAAAGAAGUUUGAAUGUAUGAAAUGCAAGAGUGCAAUCCCAAGGAAAAUGGUGAACGACCCUCGCAUCAACGCUUCGCUAGUCUCUGCGAUUCGUUUGGCUAGGGUUGCAAAAUCUGAUCAUGUGGGGAAUGCCAAAGUGUAUCACUUCGUCAGCAACGAGAACCGUCCUGACAAGGCUUUCACAACUGAGCGGGCUAAGAAAACAAGCAUGUCAAAUGCUGCUGGUGGCAGGAUUUUUGUGACAAUACCACCUGAUCACUUUGGUCCUAUUCCAGCUGAGAAUGACCCAACCAGGAACCAAGGUGUUUUAGUUGGAGAGACUUGGGCAGACAGACAGGUUUGUAAGCAGUGGGGAGCUCAUUACCAGCACGUUGCUGGGAUUUCUGGGCAAUCACAGUAUGGAGCGCAGUCUGUGGCACUCUCUGGAGGUUAUAAGGAUGACGAGGAUCAUGGAGAAUGGUUUCUCUACACCGGAAGUGGAGGAAGAGAUCUAAGUGGAAACAAAAGAACGAACAAGGAACAGUCUUCUGACCAGAAAUUUACAAACUCAAACGAAGCUCUUAGAAUUAGUUGCAAAAUGGGAUACCCUGUCCGAGUUGUCAGGUCUCACAAGGAGAAGCGUUCUUCCUAUGCCCCUGGAGAGAAAGGAGUGAGAUAUGAUGGGAUUUACAGGAUUGAGAAGUGUUGGAGAAAAAUUGGAAUACAGGGUCUUAUGCCCCUGCUUGAUGCUGAGGCAAUGCGAAAAAGUCAGGGAGAUCUUGGGUGUGUUUCCAAUCUGAAAAGGUUGUGCUUCCUGCCUUACGUUGCUAUCAACAGGAGGUUUCGGCUGACUUGGUGUGUAGUUGUUGUCGUCCUCCGUCAUCAUCGAGGUAAGGCUAAUUGGUUGAACAUGAGCACGGCUAUCUCUCUCUCUUCCUCCGUAUUAGCUGCUCUUCAUGAUAAUUUCUGCUGUACCAUCUGCCUCCAGUUGCCUGAAAGGCCAGUCACGGUUCGUUCUCUACUUCUCUCUCUCAAACUCUUGCUCUCUCUUUACUCACUCGUAGAUUAA